UUGUAUAACCUCAUUGGACACACUCACUGCCAUUACUCACAGGAUGACUGCUCUCUUUACAGACUCAUUCCUCUGACAACUGUACAUAAAAAUAAUCAGCUUUUUGCAUUUCUACAAGCACAUGACUGGUAAACCCAAACAGGAAAGAAGGAAUUUCAUUUACAGGGAAACGGUAACCUAAAAGGAGUUCCACCUACUCUCACACAAACACAGAGAUCAGAUACUUGACGGCAGCAGACUAACGCAAGAUGAUGAAGAUGUCAGGAAGAGUCACGAGUUGCUGCGUAGCUCUGUUCUUUGCUGUGACUUCUGUGUCGGCUGUACAAAGGCUCCGUUCAAUCAAUGCUUUGAAGAAAAUCAACUACGGCCAGUCUGUGCCCAAACACAGCCUUGUGCUGCUCUACUGGUUUGCCAACACAGUUGAAAUAGACAAUAACAAUGUCAUAUUGCUGACCUUUGACCCAAACAAUGGAGAUUAUGGCUCACAUCAUUAUGGCAACUAUGAGGGGCUGCUGGACCCACUGCCUCUGGGAAUUAGAUACAGAUACUACACUAUUGGAAAUCUCAAUCAAGAAACAUCCAUGCCACUCCCACGUUAUGUUGUCCGUCCCCCAACAGAGGAUAUGGGAGGAAACAGGGACAGGAUCAUAAUUCGUGUCAGAGAGCAGAACAUAGUAGGGCAAGCUUUGCAGAUAGAUCAAGUGUAUAUCACACAGCAUUAUGACACUUCUGAACAUCAGGGGACACCUUAUGAUCCAGAUCAUACCUACAGGAUCACUACUAACCUCCUGAGACAGAUCAGAGAGUUUUCUGUGGGAGAAAACCAACAGCAACUGUUGCAUCUCAGAAACCUCUAUGGAAGUAACGCUUAUGUUUUAGACAUCAGAAACACAUGGGGUGAACUUGCUUGCCUUGGACUGCUGAUGUAUAUUGUGAUCCAGGAAAAGCACUCUUCUAACCAACACAACAACAGACAUGAAAACAAAAGAAAUUACCAGGCUUCGAAGAGCCAUGUUCCUAGAAAUUUUCAAAACCAAGGUUAUGUUGCAGUGAAUAUUAACGAUGAGGACCACGAAACCAGGACGACGACCGGGAUCUGUAACAACGUCAAGGGGUGGAUCUGUUGUUUUUGUUGUAUUGCCACCAUAUGUUUAAUUUUUGUCUAUUUAUUUUAUUAAGAAAAUAUAAAACUACAAAGUGGGAAGAGUGCAAAUAUAAAAGUCUAAGAUAACAAUACGUUGCAAAUAGGGCUGCAGCUAUCGAUUAUU